ACUUGGAUUUUAGCUCAAAACUUGAAUCAAUCUACGUUUACACACAACGCACGCUAUAAAAGUUCGAGCAUCAACGCACAUACCUUAUUGUUACGGGCCGAAGCCUUACACAUAUAGAUUAUCGGGUGACGAUCCUCUUCGUGUGUGUCUUUUAACAAAAGUUUGUCUGUUUUCAUUCUCCUCGUUUUUUUGUCAAUCGGGAAGGUCAGAUUUCGGGCAGCCGCUGCUUGCUUUUGAAACACGAGGGGGUCAUCAUUAAUGAUUCAUACAUGGAAGAUUCCUGAUUGCUUCUGUUCUAUAGGUCAUCACUGGCUUAAAAUGAACGUCCCGAUUAUGGAUUCUUGUUACUUGGUAUAUUGAUUUGUGAUGUCGUGGCACACGCAACACAUUAGAUACGAAAUUUAUGCAUUUGAGCACUCGCUACACUGCAAAUACUCCACAAGCUAACAAUUACGAUCAAGUGUGAUCAAGUCGUUAUCCGUUCAAGUCAGCUUUUCGCGCCCAUCUUUUACCAAAUGAUGUUACGCGUGAUAUCUGUACUUCGAAAGUCGAUCAAUUCCAUAACCCCGUUCCAGCAGAGGUCAUUUAGCAUUCAAAACGAAGAGGAAGUUCGCAUCCCUGUACCUUGCGGAACGAUCGCGGCCAAAUGGUGGGGACCGAAGGACGUUCGACCGAUUGUGUCCGUCCACGGCUGGCAGGACAACUCCGGAUCGUUCGAUCGACUGAUCCCGUUGCUACCCGAUCACAUGAGCUUCCUCGCGAUCGACCUCCCGGGUCAUGGACUGUCAUCACGGUAUCCGGCCGGAACCGCUUAUCACACGCUGGAUUAUGUGACCCUACUGGAAAGUAUUCGUCAACGGUUCAAUUGGGAUCAAAUGUCACUGCUGGGUCACUCACGGGGAGCGGUCAUCAACUAUGCGUACUCGGCAAUUUUCCCAAACAACGUCAAUCUCAAUGUGGCCUUGGAUCCUAUCAAACCGUAUUUAGCCUACCCGACGAAAGUGGCGCUGACAUUAUCCAGAAGGAUUCCAAAGUUGCUAGAGGCUGAUUCAUACAAUACCCAGGGUACGGAACCUCCAAGCUAUACCUACGAAGAAUUGAUCGAGCAUCUUUACAUCGGAACGGGCAAAUCGGUCUCGAAAGAAGCCGCUCCAUAUCUGCUGAAACGAAACAUGGCGGAAUCUAAGUUACACCCGGGAAAGUUCUACUUUACCCGAGACAACCGCCUCAAGCACCCCUUCCAAGCUGGAUUGGGUUGGAGUCCGGAGGUGUGUCUAGAACUGGCCAAGCGACUGACGAUGCCCCAUUUUUGCUUCAAGAUAAACCGCUCGGAUGGCUGGUUGUACCACGGAGAAGAAUUUUAUCGAACAUAUUUCGAGCUCGUCGCAGGAGGCAAUCCGAACUUUGAGGGACGAUUUGUGGACGGAACCCAUCACGUGCACCUUUGCGAGCCGGAAAAGGUGGCACCGCUGAUUGGACGGUUUCUGGAAAAGUACUGGAAGAAGCUGCCGACAAGUAUGAUCUGGAAAGAGAGUUCUUAAAUUAUAUAUAAAACCCCUG